AUACACAUUGUCGAUAUAUCUAUAUCUACACAUAUAGUUAUAUAUAUGUUACUCCUACCUAACAUACCAUUCAUAUAUGAUAUAUGUAUUACUACUGCCACUAUCAUCAUAUUCUCUUUAAUACCAUUUGUUUAUCAUAUGUGCUUAGUUAACCUACAACAACCAAACCAACAACAUUUUUUUAUUAUUUUUCUUCUUCUUCAUGGAUGGCACCAACCCUUAUAACUCUCCAACAGUUCCACCACCACCUAUACAACUUCCAAAAGUAGUAACAUCUUCAUCUGCACCAACAACUCCUUCAUCUUCUUCAACAACUCCGGCCGUGACGGCCGGUGUUGUUGUUGGAAGAUACCGUGGAACCAGAUGUAGGAGUGGGAAAUGGGUGUCUGAGAUACGCGAGCCGCGUAAAACGAAGCGCAUUUGGUUAGGAACAUACCCUAGAGCAGAAAUGGCAGCAGCUGCUUAUGAUGUUGCUGCUCUUGCUUUAAAAGGACCUGAUACGACUCUUAACUUUCCGGAUUCGGUGCUUUCUUACCCUAUUCCUGCUUCUUUGUCUUCGACUGAUAUUCGUGCUGCGGCUGAAGCCGCUGCACAGGCGAAAAUCAUGAGAGUGAAACCACCUGAUCAACUAGAACAAGGAAAACAACAGAAGCAAGAAAAAGAAAACGCUUCUGGUUUUGGUUUGGAGGGAAGUUCUUCAGCUAGUAGUGGAAUGCAACAACAACAACAACAACAACAAAACCCUGGUUUUGAUUUUGAGGGAAGCUCUUCAGCUAAUAGUGGAAUGCAACAACAACAAGGUUAUGAAUAUGAAUAUAUUGACGAGGAUGAGUUGUUGAAUAUGCCGAAUUUGUUGGACGAUAUGGCUAGAGGAAUGCAGGUUAGUCCACCAAGGAUGACACCGUUUUCAAAUUAUUCGUCGGAUGAUCAUUCACCGAGGAAUUCUGAUGGAGGAGAUGAUAAUCUUUGGAGUUACACUUUUUGAAGACAGGCAGAUUCUUUCAUUUUCUGUCUUUUUCUCUUUGAAUUGGUUUGAUUUUGGAUUUUUGGUCUUGUGACUUGUACGGAACAUCUUAAUUUACCCUCUUUUUCUAGCUAGGAAAGGACUUUGAUUGUGCUUCUCUGUUGUGAAUUUGCAGUUACCUAACUUGGUUUUCCAUUGAUCUUGAAUCAGUGUGUAAAUAUAAGGAGGGUUCUUUAAAUUAGGUCAUUUUCACUUCAUCAUCAAAUAGGUUUGUUUUUGUUUUAGGUAAGGAUCUGUCUGAAUCUGAUAGAAUUCCGUACGAUCUAAUCAGUUAUGUUAGAGUUAGAGCCUAUGUAUAUGUGAUUUGAUGUGAGUGUAAAAAGAUUCAACUUUUGAUUCUGGGUCUUUUUUGUUACACUAUCAAUAUAUCAUUUCAUGAUCUGUGUAUGGGGUUUGCACUUUUUCUGUUGAAUAAAAAUUAAUCUGAU